UCCUCUUGGCACCUAGUUCCUCCAGGAAACCACAUUUUUUCACAGUCAUUUCAAAUUACAAGUACUUAACCAGAGAAGCUCUCGCACACAGAGACACACAGCAGAAACCAGCACAUGAAGGUUCACAUUCUACAGAAAACUGGCACAUUUUAUUGUAUUUUUCAGCUAUAUUCCAAGUGUCACAUCCCAAUCAAUGAUGUUCAACAACAGCAUUGCUGAGGACAGGAUUGACAGGUAUGCAGUGGGCUCACACCAGGAGAAUGUCCUCUUUGCCAGCUUUUACACUAUGGUUUUCAUCCUCGCUGUACCGGGCAACAUCCUGGCUCUGUGGGUGUUCGUCCGGGAGAAGAAGAACACACCCACUAAGGUAUUCCUGAAGAACCUGGCAGUGGCAGACAUCUCCUACUUGGCGACACUCCCCAUGCGUGUCGUCUAUCACCUAACGGACAACAACUGGCCUCUCGGUGAAAUUCCCUGUCGCGUCCUGGGAUAUUUCUUCUACCUCAACAUGUACUGCAGCCUCUACUUCAUGGCUUUCAUCAGCGUCGACCGCUUCAUCGCCCUGGUCUUGCCGGUGAGGUCACUGAAGUUGCGGAAGCCCCUGUACGCCAGCGUGGGCAGCGCCAUCCUGUGGCUCUGUCUGACCGUGGUCACGAUGCCGCUGCUACUGUCCAAGCAGACCACGCAGGUAAACCACUCAAACUCCACCAGGACCAUUUGCAUGCAGCUUUACCGCGAGAAGACGUCGCCCCAGGCACUGGUGUCCACCGCUGUAGCUUUUUCGAUCCCGCUGGUCACCAUUGCGGUGUCCUACAUUCUGAUCCUACACAGGCUGUGGAGUAGGAGACGUCAGCAGCAGAGGUCCGGGCGGCAGAAGGCCACCAGGAUGAUCGUACUGGUCCUGGUGAACUUCACUGUGGCGUUCCUGCCGUACCAUGUUAGCCGCUUUGUUUACAUUGAGGGCUCGCUUCACAGCGGUGACAUGGGUCCACUUGCCCUUUGCAAUCGCAUUACUUCCUCUCUCACUUGCGUCAAUGGAGUUUUGGAUCCUGUACUGUAUUUUUUUCUCACAAAAACCUACCGCAAUUCAUUGCUUCAGCUCUUCCAUAAACGGAACCUGUCGAACACAAGUUAUUAAAAAAAAAAAAAUAAUGAAAUAGCCUAUGCAUAAUAAUUUGAUUUUGCAUUUUACUUCUUUCUUCUUUUUUUUUUAAGAAUAUGGUAUACAUUUUGUGGCGAUUAUACUGUCGUAUGCUGAUAACUUAGAACAUAACUAAAGAUUCCUUUCUUGACUCAGUAAUAUUUGCUGGCAAUCAUCCAUCCAAUGACAAGCACAAUUCUGCACUGAGAACUGUUAAAGCAAUUGCUGUUUCCUUGGUUAACAGUUACCAAACAGUAAAAAAUUAUAUGUUAAUUAAACUUUUACAGAGCAUAUACGAGUCCAGUAUUGACUAAACACUGAACAUAUGGUGUAUGUAUAUAUGUAUGUAUGUAAUGCCAACCAAUAGACCAAAUCCCUUAUUGCAUUUUGUGCCUGGUUUUUGUUCCAACUGAUUAGCUCAGUUUUAGUUGUUUGACAGCUCUAUAAACUAUACACAGGUUCACUCAGCACAGCAAAAGUCUUUAAAAUAUGCUUGCAGUCUCCAGCUGUACCCGGUGCUCAAACAAAUGUCAGAUCAAGAUAUGACUGAGCUAAUUGAACAACGAACAUAAGCUGGCACAAAAUCCUGACAGAUCAGCUCUUCUUGUGUAGCUACAUGGGUGGGGGCUCUCCCUUCUAGUAAUGUCUAUAAGCCAGUUACAUCUUUAUGUUUUGCUGUAGAAAGCGUGAACCAACAUGUGUGUGUGUACUUCCUAAAUGCAGACCAAGUUUUAUACAA